GCGGGGCGGUGCUUCCGCCUGCGCGAGGCCGGGCCGGGCAGCUCGGAGGCGCCCGGCGCAGUCGGGAAGCCGCGCUAGGUGUCGCCGGCCGCGCGGCCAGAUGAGGGGGGCGAUGGAGCUGGAGCCUGAGCUGCUGCUGCAGGAGGCCCGCGAGAAUGUGGAGGCAGCGCAGAGCUACCGGCGGGAGCUGGGUCACCGGCUUGAGGGGCUGCGGGAGGCGCGGAGGCAGAUCAAAGAAAGUGCAUCACAGACAAGAGAUGUUCUCAAACAGCAUUUUAAUGAUUUAAAGGGAACCCUUGGAAAGCUCCUGGAUGAGCGAUUGGUGACCCUUUUGCAAGAGGUGGACACCAUUGAACAGGAGACCAUUAAACCACUAGAUGACUGCCAGAAGCUCAUAGAACACGGAGUCAGCACUGCAGAAGACUUAGUCCGAGAAGGUGAGAUUGCCAUGCUUGGUGGUGUGGGAGAAGAGAAUGAGAAACUGUGGAGCUUUACCAAAAAGGCCUCGCACAUUCAGUUGGACAGCUUACCAGAAGUACCUUUACUGGUUGAUGUGCCUUGUUUAUCUGCUCAGUUGGAUGACUCAAUUCUUAACAUAGUGAAAGACCACAUUUUUAAGCAUGGAACAGUAGCAUCUCGCCCACCAGUACAGAUAGAAGAACUAAUAGAGAAACCUGGAGGCAUCAUUGUACGAUGGUGUAAGGUGGAUGACGACUUUACAGCCCAAGAUUACAGGCUCCAGUUUCGUAAAUGUACUUCAAAUCAUUUUGAGGAUGUAUAUGUAGGUUCUGAAACUGAAUUCAUAGUAUUGCACAUAGACCCCAACGUUGAUUAUCAGUUCAGAGUCUGUGCCCGAGGAGAUGGCCGACAGGAGUGGAGUCCUUGGAGUGUUCCCCAAAUAGGUCAUUCCACAUUGGUGCCUCAUGAGUGGACAGCUGGUUUUGAGGGGUACAGUCUGAGCAGUCGAAGAAAUAUAGCACUCCGGAAUGAUUCUGAAUCAUCAGGUGUUCUCUACUCCAGAGCUCCGACUUACUUCUGUGGACAGACAUUAACAUUCAGAGUUGAAACUGUGGGACAACCAGACAGAAGAGACAGCAUAGGAGUGUGUGCAGAAAAACAGGAUGGAUAUGACUCUCUGCAGCGGGAUCAAGCUGUGUGCAUUAGUACAAAUGGUGCAGUUUUUGUCAAUGGAAAAGAAAUGACGAAUCAGUUACCCGCAGUUACCUCUGGGUCCACUGUCACAUUUGACAUUGAAGCCGUGACUCUAGGAACCUGCAAUAAUAAUGAAGGUGGACACUUCAAGCUUCGAGUAACUAUAAGUUCAAAUAACAGAGAAGUGGUUUUUGAUUGGUUGCUUGAUCAGUCGUGUGGUUCUCUUUACUUUGGAUGCUCAUUUUUCUAUCCUGGAUGGAAAGUGUUAGUGUUUUAGAUGUUUGGGUGCUUGGCUGUUGUUUUCAGGGUUUAACAUAGCUGUCCUCAGCCCAGCAUAGUUGUAAUUCCUUUAAAAAAAAAAAAAAAAAGUUGAAUUCAUCUCUAACUUAGGCCAUUGAAAAUGGAAAGUGUUGGCCGGGCGCGGUGGCUCAAGCCUGUAAUCCCAGCACUUUGGGAGGCCGCAGACGGCGGUAUCAUGAGG